ACUGAAAAAAACCUUUCCGUGGUUCUCGACUCGGGUAAGAGCUUUAGGGUUCUUCAUCUAUACUGUUCCGUUCCGAGCAUGCAAAUCUUGCGCAACGUAUGUGUUUCCUCAUUAACUUCUCCACGUAAUUGUAGUUCAGCACUGAUCUAUCUAAAACUUUGUUCCUCUAAGGUUUUUCCGGAAUCUAACUAGGGUUUAACAUCUGCUACUUAAUUUGAUGAUUUGUACUAUUUCCGUGCCGUUUGUUUCAUCUUCGCUGGUUUGUCUUAAGCGUUUGCUUUUCUAUUAGCUAAUUGGUUUGAUUCCUUGUGUAAUGUUCCCUUUCCGAUCUGGAUUUCUCAACCCUUUCAAGGGUUUAGUUGAACUCGUUGCGGUUUGUUUUCGAGAUUUCACCAUCAACGGUCGGUGAUUGUUGCGAUGUGCUUGGAUUGGAUUUGAUGUUCGAGAUUGACAUGAACUGAACCGGUUUUUUAAUUUUUUUUGAAUUAUUAUUUCGUAUCGACUCUGCUGGAUUGGAUAGAGCACUGUUUGUCACUGCACUAACUUUGGGUGUGGAUAUCGACAAUUUCCUGUUGCCAUUGUUCGUUAGGGUUCUUGUUUGUCUGGUUUUUGAAUUUGGCAUGAAUUAGUAUUUGGAAAAUUUAUCUUGACUAGCUUGAAACUGCAGUUCUGUAUUUUUGGCGUGUAGCUGGAAUUAGAGUUUGUUUCCUGUUGAUAUAUUGUUAAUUAAGAUCCACUAAUAUUUGAGGGGUUUGUUUGAUAAUGCUUUGUUACUUCAGGUUAGUGGGCUAUGCUUUUUUAGAUUUUGACAAGUAAGACAAAGACCAUGACAAAGAAGAAGAAUCCCCUGGUUUUUAUGGACGUGUCCAUCGAUGGGGAUCCUGUUGAAAGGAUGGUCUUUGAGCUUUUCUUUGAUGUUGCUCCCAAGACUGCGGAAAACUUUCGUGCAUUAUGUACAGGAGAAAGAGGUGUCAGUCCAAAUACUGGAAAAUCACUACACUACAAGGGUUCUUUUUUCCAUCAGAUUAUAAAAGGUGCCAUUGUACAGGGUGGUGAUUUUGUCAAUCGAAAUGUUGUCCGAGUUGCCAGCCUUGUUCUUGCAUGUUUCCUGUGACAAUGGUACUGGUGGUGAAAGUAUUUAUGGUUCCAAGUUCCCUGAUGAGUCACCUAGGUUGAAGCAUGAUGCUUCAGGUCUUUUAUCAAUGGCAAUUGCAGACCGUGACACUGUUGGUUCUCAUUUUAUGAUCACUUUGAAAGCUGAUCAUCACCUUGACAGGAAGCAUGUAGUCUUUGGGAAGCUUGUGCAGGGACAUAAUGUUUUGAAGAAAAUUGAAGAAGUGGGUGAUGAAGAAGGGCAUCCAACUGUAACUGUUAAAAUCAUUAACUGUGGUGAAUAUAAUGAGGAUGGAAAGAAGGUAAAUAAGUCAAAAAUGGGAAGGGAUGGAUCUUCUGAAGCCAAUAGUCAUGAAACACGGAGAAAGGGAAAGCAUAAAAAAUCUUCCAAAGACCGAAGGAAGAGGAGAAGAUACUACUCAUCAGAUUCAGGGAGUUCUUCAGAUUCUGAUCUGGAAUCUUCAGAAACUGAUAGUGAUUCUGAGUCGGAUAUAUCCUCAUCAUCUUACAUAAGCUCCUCCAGUGAUGACAGGCGAAGGAAGAGAAAGAGAUCUAAGAAAGAUAAAUAUAGACGAGGAAAAAGAAGAGAUAAACGCCGCGACAAGAAGCGAAGGAGACGUGAUAAGAGAUCAAAGCGGAAAUCAAGAAGGGAAUCUGGCACUGAUUCGGAAAGUGAGAGUAACAGUGACAGUAGCUCUAAAGGUGAAAGUACUGAUGCCCAACGGAAAGGGCUGAAGCGUAAAGAUCAUUCUCAGAAAAAUGCUGAAAUUAAAUCUCCCUUGAUUGUUGGGAAAGAUGUACCUCCUGUGCAUCACAAAAAGGAGGAAGGGGGUAUCCUAGAGAACGAGGAAAAAUUGUCUAAGGAAAACGGAGAACGGCAUAGCAAUGGCAAUGGAGCUAACUAUAGAUCUGACGGAAGUGAAGAGAGGCACCCUGACGUGAUGGAUGAUCAUUCGGGCAAAUCUAGGAGUCGAAGUGCCAGUCCUAAGCGAACCAUGAGUAGGAGUAUGAGUAUUAGUCCCAGGAGGAGUGAGAGCAAGAGCCCAAGCAUUACUCCCAAAAGGAGAUUGAGCAAAGGUCCAAGCAUUAGUAGAAGCCCUCCUCCAUCACGGAGGAGUUUUAGUAGAAGUCCUGUAAGAAGCAUCAGCAGGAGUCCAAGCAGAAGCAUCAGUAGAAGUCCAGUGAGGGGCAGGAAGGGCAGAAGUGUCAGUAGAAGCCCUGUGAGAAGCCCCGUGAGAACUCGUUCUCUUAGAAGUGUCAGCAAGAGCCCUGUAAGAUCCCAUUCUCGAAGCCACUGGAGCAGGACUUCUCCCAGAGCAUCAUCACGAAAAACAAUCAGCAGAAGCCCUGCAAGAGUUUCAAGAAAGAGUGUAAGCCGUAGUCCAGUUAGAUCAUCCGCAAGAAGCUUAAGCAGAAGCUCUGGCAGGGUUCCUUCAAAGAGAAGCAUCAGCCGAAGUCCUGUCAGAGCACCAAGUAGAAGCAAUCGUCGCAGUUACUCCAGGAGUCCUAGCCCUGUUCGAAGGACAAGGACACCUCGUGGGAGGAGUGUGUCGAGGAGCGAUUCACCUGAUGCUUCACCAAAACGUAUCAGAAGGGGAAGAGGUUUCAGUGAACGGUACUCGUAUGCAAGAAGGUACAGAACCCCCUCUCGGUCUCCUGUGAGGUCAUAUCGUUACAAUGGAAGAAGUGACCGUGACAGGUAUUCUAGUUACAGAAGGUAUUCCCCUAGGCGAUACAGGAGCCCACCACUGCGUGGAAGAACUCCCCCAAGGUACCGAGGCAGGAGGAGCAGGACGCCAUCUGUUUCACGCAGCCCACGAUACCGACCUCGACGAUAUAGCCGAAGUCGGAGCCCAGUUCGCAGUCGUUCCCCAGUUGAACCAUAUCGAUCUCGCCCCUCUCCUCGUGUGGAGAGGCAUGCAUCUUCACGGAGCAGGAGUCCAUCAAAAUCUAGGUCCAGGUCUAGGUCUUCUGUGGAAUCACGAUCUCCACGGAAAGCAAGUAGAGAUAGCAGGUCAGGCUCAUCGUCCAGAAGCCCAGAUGGAAAGAAAGGCUUGGUCUCAUAUGGCGAUGGUUCUCCAUAUUCGGGCCAAAGAUGAAAUACUUUGUCCCAAGGGUUUUGGGUUUACUGUAACCUUUAAUGAGCCAGAGGAUUCAAUUUUUAACAGCACCAUCUGUUCGUGAAUGUCACUCUUUAUAGACCGCAAUGGAUGUUGAAAGAUUUAGAAUAAGUUAGACGGUACUUGGGACAUUAGGUUGCUGCCUUAGAUGUGGGGGGUUGUUGCGGUAUUUGUUGUUAGGAGAAGCAUUUGAGUUGAAUUUAUAAAAUUAUGGCUAGCUUUACUGUAUGGACUACUAGAUGAUAGCGCAGUGUCCGGUAGUGGAGUUCGGGAACACAUUCAUGCCUAAUUUACUAGGAUAUUUAGCUCAAGAUUCAAGAGGAUUGUAAAACGUCGGGGGUCUAUGUACUUCUCUUUACGCUUUUUUUUUUUAAUUAAAAACUUUUAAAAAACAUUAAGUG